UAGAUGGUCUGAUGUUCACUUGGUCCAACGAGAGGAGAAAAUGUGGAUCGUGCUUCAUCUGCUGCUCCUGCUCCAAAGUGGAGCAUGUACAGGUGCCUACAACUUAACCACUCAGACUGUUGGACCUGGACAAAAAGUCUCUCUGACAUGUCUCCACGGGACAACUGAGAAUGUUCAACACUUAAUUUGGAUCCGACUUGUUUCUGGAUCCUAUCCUGAAAUUUUAGCUACAACGGCAUCUUACGAUUCAGGCUCUGUUGAAUGUGGAACAUCGAAUACUGGACAUCGCAUCACAGCCAAAAAAGAACAAGGAACAUUUGUUCUGCAAAUUAGUCAAGUAGAGAAAAGUGAUACGGCGAUCUACUAUUGUUUAAAAGUGAACUUUGGUCAAUUCUCGUUUUUGAAAGGAACAUUCCUUCAGGUCACAGAACCAGAACCCUCCGUGUCUGUUGUCUCUGAAGUCCAACCAGGACCGCCUGUGAAGUUGCAGUGCUCAGUCCUCUCCCACUCUGGGAAUGACAUCUGUCAGGAUGGACCCAAAGUGUCCUGGUUCAGAACUGGACCAGAAAGUGUCCAUCCCAGCUUUGUUUACGCUCAUGAGGAAUGCAAGAAGAUCAAAGAUAAGUCCACACAGAAAUGUGUCCACACUUUGUCAAAGAACGUCAACUCCUCUGAUGCUGGAACUUACUUGUGUGCUGUGGUCACAUGUGGGAGGAUUUUCAUGGGAAAUCCAAUAAGAGUCAACACUAAAGAUUCCAGCAGCUCUGAUUCAUACAAGUAUGUUAUAAUCGUCUUGAGUGCUGCUUUGGCCUUAAGUUUCAUCAUGUCAGCCUUCCUCAUCAACAAGAUCAGGACCAAAAACUGUUUUUGCUGCAAAAACCCCAGACGCAAGUCCUUCCAGGUGAGACAAAUUCCGCAAAGCAAGUCGGUCAAAGGAGGCGAGUCUGUGACCAUCCAGUGUUCCGUCCUCGCUGAGAGCAAAGAAAAUUUCCGCCAAUGUCCGAACCAAAGCAGCGUCUACUGGUUGAAGUCAGGAUCGGGAGAGUCUGAUCCACACAUCAUUUACUCCGACAGUGAUGAUGAACAAGACCCAAGAAGCUGCGUCUACCAUCUCUCUCUGACCGUACUCAACUCCUCUGACACCGGAACAUACUACUGUGCCGUAGCCACGUGUGGACAGAUCCUGUUCGGACAAGGAACUCAUGUGGACACACAACAAGACGUGAAAGCAGCUGCCGUUUUGCUGAGUGCUCUGCUGGCCUCCUUCGCUGUUGUGGUCACUGUUUUAGUUGCUUAACUUGUAUUUUAUUUUUACCAACAGUAGUAUUUUUUGUAUCAUUUCAUACACAUCAUUUUGUAAAGGAACGUUUGCUUCUUUUUUUUUCCAAGAUGGCGCUGCUGUAGUGGCUGCUGGUGGCAGGAGCUCAUCCUUUUGUGUUCCUGAUGUUUCCCUCUUGUUUGCAUGUGUUUUGUUUUUGCCUUUUGGUUCGGGACCCUUUGGGACUUUUGGGACUUCUGCGGUGCUUUUUUGUGAACUUCUGGAUCUACCUCCCGGGUAGCCUUUUGGUCAUGGAGACCAGCUGCUGGGUCUAUGCCACACCAGAGUCCGUUUGGAGAGACUGGAGGAGAUGCGGAUGAAGAGACAGGGCUGCGGAGCUGGGACGGACAAGCUUCACAGUGUCUUGGCUGAAUGAGCAGGUAUCGGACACCUCGGUCUCCUUGGACGUAUCUUUGCUCAUCAAUGCGGACUGGACACUGGCCGAGAGUUGGUGGGCAGCAGAGGGUGGGGUCGGCUCUCUUGUUUGCUUUGUUGGGUCUGCUCCUGUCUCUGGCCAUGCUCCCCCCACCCCAGCAGACGAUGGCGUGGAACACCACAGAGGCCACCACAGUGUAUAUGUUUUUGUUGUUGUUUUUUUCCUUUUGUGGCUGUGUGUAGAAGUGGCUGGUUGCAUCACAUGUUCAUGUGUGCUAAGGCUAUGAGUUUUUGUUUUUCCUUGGCCUCAGUCUGGACCCCCUCUCCAGGGGCCCAGGCUUAGACUGAAUAUUUUAUUUUCUCACCGGAAGUUGGCCGACCCGUCAGCGAUCCUGUAAUGUUGGUCUGCUCUUGAAUGGGAUUAAUCUGAAAAUCUUAAUUCCCCCUCGGGGAUUAUUAAAGUAUUUCGGAUUCCGAUCCUUUAAAAAUGUAAUUUAUGAAACAGUAGAUUCGGCUGUGCUUGUCAAAAAUGCUAAGACAGGGAGAAGACGUAGGAUUAAAUAAACUCUGCUUCUUCUUCUUUGUUUUGGACGUGUUGAGUUGUGCGAGUGUAAACAUGUGAUGCACUUCAAUGUAACUUUGACAACCAUGUUUACUAAACCAUUACCAAACACCACGACUGUAUGAAGAUAA